UUAUACCUAAAGAAACAUAAUCCAUAUUUAUUUUCAUUAUCAUUUGUUGCGGUGGUUAUUGUAAUAUUCUUAUUCUUCUCGAUCCGGGGAUUGUUAACUGUAAGGCUCAUAGGAAGUAAGGGACCGGAAGUUGCUUUGCGGUAGACUUAAAUAACGGUACAAUUCAGGAUACUCUCUACGCCUACGUGAAACUAUUUGAAUGGACGGAAGUUAUUGUGUUUACCUCGGGGAACCCUAUACCAUUCGGCUAACUCUUCCGGAAGGGAAUUGUAUUUUUUUUAUGUACUCAUAAUACAACAUAGCAUCGAGUUACUUUAGAUAUCAUUGAACGUUUUAGGUCUUUCUCUGCCAGGCAAAGGUAGUCGAUCACAACAUAGUCCAUUCCAGGAUAUAUAGUCGAGCCAAGAUAUCAUCACCGUGAGCAAAAUGGCGGGUGACAAGGACCCUCUGUCCCAGUUAAAGGAUCUGAACCACCUGAAGAAUCAGCUGGAGGAGAUCCAGAGGCGUGUGGAGGACGAGGUGUCCGUAGGGAUCCCUCAGGGCGGCUCUCUGCUGGGUUCCCCCUUCCUGAAGGGCUUUCUGGCGGGUUACGUGGUGGCCAAGCUACGGUCCUCGGCUAUCUUGGGAGUAGUGCUGGGAACUAUGACUGGCAUUUUCGCAGCACAGAGCUAUCAAGUGCCAAACAUUGAGCAGACUGUCAAAGACUAUUUAAACAAUCUGAAGAAAGGACCCAAGUAGACAGGAUUGACAGCUGUCUGACUGUGAGAUCGGGGCACGGGAUUGGUCCCAGCUGCUGCUGGCUUUCCAGUGACUCGUGGGACAGAAAAUAGAAUUCCAACGCUACUGGUUAAACUGGGAAAUGGAUAUUAUGUUACUGAAUCUGGGAAUCAAAGCAAAUGACCUUACUUUUUGUCUGUGUUCUUUUCUGUCGUGAUCAUCUCAUUAUUUAUAUGCGCGUUAAACGUUUUAAAGACACC